AUGCGUUCCCAGGAUCCCUCUAAGAGCCUUGAUUCAAAUGGAGACCACCAGUGGACCAGAACCGGACUUUCCUGAUUUGUUCUGAGGGUUAUUUCAGAUUAGUUAUGGUGGAAAAGGAUGGUUGUUAUUCCUGUUUGGAAGCCCUGAGGGUUCUGAGAGUUUCCCUCGUGGAUGAACUGGAAGGGCGGAUUGAGUCUCUGCUGGAAAUCUUAGUGAGUCAGGAGGUUUUCACCCGUGAUGACCGCGAGGAGGUUUUGUGUCAGCUGGGGCCCCGGGCCCGAGUGAGGUACGUGUUGGAUAUUGUGGCGUGUAAAGGCGAGGAAGCAGCGGAGGUUUUUCUCUCGAUUAGAAGACAUCAUCAGCAAGAGGACCAGGAAGAAUCCAAAGAAGGCCACACGCCUCAGCCUCAACUCCUGGAGUAUGACAAAGUCAAACAGAAGCAUAAAGACGUUCUCACACGUCGGAGUGAGAGCAUGCUCUUCUACAACACUCGACACGGAGAGAAAAUCCUCUUCUCCGAACACUACGUCAAUCUCCUGUUGGCCGACGGACACCAGUGCCUGGAGAGAAAAAGACACGAGGUGCAGACGUUUGGACAAAAGCGACUGUCCAUGCAGCAGAAGUCAGCGGUGCAUCGGAAAAUUGCACCAGGCGAACUCUUUUCGAGCCCGAAUGGAAACCGUCAAGUCAAGAAGGUCCUGGUGUCAGGGGUGGCCGGCAUCGGAAAAACCCUCCUGGUCCAGAAGAUGCUGUUUGAUUUUGGGGGAAACAGGGACCAUCUUGGAUUUGACUUCAUCAUCCACAUGACGUUCAGAGACCUGAAUCUAAUUGACAAACCUACAAACUUCCGGGAGCUGGUCUUGCGUAAAAACAGACACCUGUCCAAGGAACUGGACGCCAUUUUAGCAAAUGACGACAAACUGCUGAUCAUCUUAGACGGCUUUGAUGAGUUCAGACACUACAGGAGCUGCGAUGUAGACGCGUUUGUGACUGAGCCGGAUGAAGAUGCCGAGGUGGUGGAGGUCUUUGGGAGUCUACUGCAGGGGGAACUGCUGCCCAACGCUUCUGUCUUGCUCACGAGUCGACCCGCAGCCGUCAGCCACGUCCCCGUGAGCUGCAUCGACCGCUUUGUGCUCAUCACUGGCUUUUCCUUGGCUGAAGUUCGCGACUUCUUCCGACGGUAUUUCCAGGACAGUGCCAUUGCUGACUACAUGUUCGCGGUGGUAUCGGCGAACGAGCUCAUGCUGACGCUGUGCUACAUCCCUGCAUUUUGCUACAUCGUGUGCUGCAUUCUCAAAGAAAGCAAAGAGCUGUGUGGAGAGAGCCCCAAGACCAUGACUGACAUUUACGUGCAGUACCUGGUGGCCUUGCUGUGCUCUCACACCAAAGCGAGGGCUGAAACAUUCAGCCACAAGUUGUCCGACAUUGUUCUGAAGCUCGGCAGACUUGCCUACCAAAAGCUCACGGAGCAUCAGACCCUUUUCUACAGCAGCGACCGAGAUCUUGCAGCGUUAGAGGGAUGCAGCCUCGUUAGCACCUUCCUUGACAAGACAGUGGCACAAGAACCCGGUUGCACUGAAGAGGUUUACUCCUUUGCACACUUUACCGUCCAAGAGUUCUUCGCUGCAGUGUAUUGUGCAGUGACCGAUGACCCUUUACCCGAUGGAGAUCCGCACGCUUCAAGUCCUGUUGAGGAGUCCAACAACGGACAUUUGGACCUCUUCAAUCGCUUCCUGUCCGGAAUCCUCUCUGAUCGCAACGCUAAUCUUCUAUCGAGGCAAGUGGGAUUGAGUUGCAAUAAAGACAAAGUGGACACCCAUCGUCGGAGGAUCAUCAGAGAGCUCACAACGCGAUGUGAGAACGGGGCCCAAAUCCUCAACCAUCUACACUGCCUGUACGAGCAACAGGACUCCUCGUUGGCCCUCGCUGUGCAACCAAAGACACUGCAAGUCAACGUUAGCGAUGAAACCCUCUCCCAAAUGGAUUACAAUGCCAUCAAGUACUUUCUCAACCUUACAAAGGGCGAUAUAUCAGAGCUGGAUCUGACAGGGACAGGAGUAAGCUGCGAGGCACUUAGAGACAUGCAGCCCCUGCUGCUUAGAUGUAACAAACUGUGGCUCGGAGAAAACAACCUUGACAUGGACACAGCUCAGGUCAUUGCUGAUGUGCUGCGGGUGUCAGAAAGUAUAACCCACCUUGGACUCGGGUGGUCGGACAUGGGCGAUGAUGAACUGCUGGCUCUUACUAGUGCCAUACGUGUGAAAAAAAAGCUUCAAGAGUUGUGGAUGGAGGGAAACCGAGUGAGCUACAAAGGUCUGCUGUCACUCAGGGACUUGACCCCAAACCCUCUGAAAACAGUUGUAGCCAUAUGGAAUGACCUGACUGACACAGACCCAGGGUGCUUUUGCACCCAAGAAAGCAUAACUGUGAGCUUCACAGAUGACGAUAUGUGGGCAGGGUGGGGGGAAUGGGUCUUCAAACGAUGUGAGGUCAGCAGCAACAACAAGUUAGUGAUGGUACUCCACAAAGUUUGCAACGUACCAGUCCAUUGCUUAGAAACCCAGUGGGCAAAGACUUUCUACAAGCAACUGUCACAGCUCAUCAGGCAAAGGAUUGAGUGCUGCACUGAGGAGGACAUGUACAAGAAGCUCAAAAAAUUUGAGAGCAUUUUAAACCUCUGACAUAGAACUACACUGCCCUCAUACUAUAGGCUAGAAA